CCUGGCUCUGGGCUAUCGAGCACUGAGUUGUCUUUUUUUGAAAAUAGGUUUCUCCGGGGCUCUAUCCCUACUGAUCUUGCUUUUUGGCAGUUUUAUGGUAACGAAUGAGAUGAUGCCAUCUGGAGAAUCAAAUAGUACUGCCAGCGGAAGCUGGGCGGAUUAUCUCAUGUCUCCGGAAGCGGAUUCUGGCGCUAUCACGUCGAAUGAUCGGGAAAGGGAGAUUUCCCUAGCCCCCCUUCCUCCAGAAUUAAGGAUCCCAUAUCCGCCCCAAAUUUCCUAUCCGCCGGCGGCGCUUCCUCCAGAAUUAAGGAUCCCAUAUCCUCCCCAAAUUUCCUAUCCGCCGGCGGCGCUUCCUCCCCUACCCGAACCUGGCUCCCAGGACCCGGUUUCUCCCCCUCACCCCCUGAUCUCAUUCUACCGCAACAUAGAAAAAGCGGAGUCUUUUUUCGCGGGAAAUAUAGAAUUAGCAGAGAAUCUGGAUCGAAUCAAGGAGAUGCAACGCGCCCUCGAGGACGAGCGGGAUCCCUACCGUGGGCGGGAACUGUUGGAAAUAAUAGAUUGGGAGGUGCGGGCGCUGGAGGGCAAAGUGGCGCGCAAUCACGCUUGGAAUAUGCUGCGAAAUCAAAAAGUAAUGGCAGAUAGGAAGCAGCACUUACAGAGGAAUCCAUACACCGCAGGGAUAGAGAUGAACAACAGGAGGAUAGCUCAAACGAAGAGAAGAGAUAUUCUAGACAGAAGCAGCCCUUGAACCGUACUUAGCUGCACACAAGGAACGCCUGUCAGUUGGGCUAAAGCUCUAGUCUUUCGUUUUCAGGACUGUUAUCACCAUCUCAUCCCACCGUAUCCAAGUUCUCUGCUUCGUGCUUGGCAGCUUGGUUCUAAACCUUCAUAUGUCUCUUCUGUUUUUUUUGUUCAUCUCUUUGAAUACAAUAGGAAUAGGGUG